AUGAAAACUUGCCAUGGUAUGUUGAAUUUUUAUUCCAAACUAGUUUAUGUAGGUCAAUUACUAAUACUCUUCAGGGUUGAGAAGUAUCGUCCAGAUUCCUUGGAUGAGGUGUACGGGCAACAAGAUAUAGUUGACACUGUUCGAAAAUUUGUUCAUGAAGGUAAACUACCACAUUUGUUGUUUUAUGGACCACCUGGUACCGGUAAGACAUCUACUAUUAUAGCAUUAGCCAGAGAAAUUUAUGGACCAAAUUAUAAGAAUAUGGUAUUGGAAUUGAAUGCAUCUGAUGACAGAGGUAUCGAUGUGGUUAGAAAUCAGAUCAAGAACUUUGCUUCAACUAUGCAAAUCUUUAGCAAGGGGUUCAAAUUGAUUAUUUUAGAUGAAGCAGAUGCAAUGACAUCUGUUGCUCAGAAUUCUUUGAGAAGAAUUAUUGAAAAGUAUACUAAAAAUACGAGAUUUUGUAUACUAGCAAACUAUUCCCAUAAAUUGAAUCCUGCUUUAAUAUCUAGAUGCACAAGGUUCAGAUUUCAACCAAUUGGAGAAUCGGCUAUUCAAGAAAGACUUAAGAAUGUGAUAAUAAAGGAGAAUCUAAGCAUUAAUGAAGAGGCAGAAAAGACAUUACUUAAAUUAUCUAACGGUGACAUGAGAAGAGCACUCAAUGUACUUCAAGCUGUCAAAGCUUCAUUGGAUCACGACGACGAUGAAAUUGACCAAGACAUGAUAUAUGAAUGUAUUGGAGCGCCUCAUCCCCAAGAUAUCGAAACCGCGUUAGACUCCAUAUUGAAAGAUGACUGGACAACAUCAUUCUUGACUAUUGAUCAAUACAAGAGAACAAAAGGAUUGGCAUUGAUUGAUAUGAUACUGGGUUUUGUUGAAAUUUUGAAUAAUUAUCAAUUGAAGCCCAAGACAAGAAUUGAAAUUUUGAAGGGGUUAUCAGAAGUUGAAUACGGUAUCUCAAAAGGUGGUAAUGAAAAAAUUCAGACUAGUACAAUAAUAGGCGUUAUUAAGGACGCGUUGGAAUUCGAAAAAUAG